GUCUUCCUCCACUGCAACGUCUUCCUCCACUAUGAACACACAAGAACACUUCAAUGUUCAGUGUGGGUGCGGAGUAUAGGCUCCAUUUCAAACAGCCCUAACUAACCCAAAUGUUGGUAGGAGAUUCUUAGGAUGUGUGAACUACAAGGUACUAAUUUAUGAUCUUUUAUCCUAUUUUCUAUUUUUUGAAUUUAUUAUUUUAUUUUAAUACAAUUUAUUCUAUUUAUUAAAGAGGUUAUUUUUUUCGAUAUUGGUUUGUUAGAGUGACAAUACUUGCAAGUACUUUGAUUGGGUUGACCCUCCCACAUGUGAGAGGGGGAAGGAUUUUGGUAACUAGAUAGUGAAGAAGAACAUGGAUUUGCAGCAAGAUGUUGAAGACCUGCAUAGACAAAUUUUGCAUUUGAAGAAGACAGAAACAAAUUUGAAGGGAGAAAUUCAAGUGCUGAAGGAGAGGGAAAAUGAGUUUGGACAGAAGAUGGAAUAGUGGUAGUAGAGGGAGGAAUGGUUUGUAAUGAAGAUCAACUGUAUGAACAGAAACAUUAAGGAGAUGGAAGAUGGGAUUACAGUGAAGAUGGAAGAGUGGAAGAACAAAGAAGAUUUGAAUGCAUUGGAGAUCGAGGAGUUUGAAGCACAGAAUGUGGAAUUGAGGGUGAAGAUGAAAGAGGUUGAAGCAAAGAAUGUGAGUUUGAGAGGUAGGAACAAAGCAAUGAAAAAGAACAUUGAGUUGGCCAAUUUGAAGGUGAAAUGGUUGACUGCACUGGUGGUGAUUUUAGUUGGCCUAGGGAUUGUUUACCUUGGUGGCAAAGGAUGGUUGAAGAAGAAAAUGUUGGCAUUACCUUAAAAUAUGUAUUUAAUUUUAUGCCUGUCUUUAGUUUGUGUUGAACAAAAAUGUGAUGUUUUUUGUACUUAAUUCAUGGUACUUAAUCCAUGGUA